AUGGUAGCCAACAGUGUAGACGUUUUAAAUUUACUAAUAAACUUUAGUAGUACUAAUAAUAUUAAAGAAUAUGAUGAUGAGUUAAUUCGAAAUUUUUUCUCUGAAAUUAUUUUAUUAUUAAUUCAAGAUGAAGAUAAAAAUAAACUGUGUAAAGAUGUUAAUAAUUAUAUUGUUAAUGAAGUUCUAAAAAAGGAAGAAGAAUAUAAUAAUACAGGAGAUAUUAAAAAUAAAAACAUGAAAGAUGGAAAUAAUAAUAAUAAUAAAAAAAAAAAAAAAAAAGAAUGUGACAAAAGGAGUGAUGGAAAAUAUGGAAAUAACUUAGAAAUUAUAAUAUUGUUUAUAGAUUGUUUAUUUAAAAAAUAUUGGAAUGAAUUAUUUUAUAAUAAUAAUAUAGAUAUAGAUAUAUCGUGGGUAUAUAAAAUAUUACAAUUAAAAGAAAGAGAAAAAAACAAAUAUUCUUCUGUUUUGCUGAAUUUUUUAAAAAAUAUAUUAAUAAAGAUACAAGAAGAAAAUCCUGAUUUCUCAGUAAUAAUUUUUUUAUUAAAUCAUAUACAAAUAAAAAUACAAAAUCAUAUAAAAGAAAAUCACGAUAAAAAUAAAUAUCUUUUUUAUAAAAAAUGGAACAAUAAGCUCACUAAAUUAUCAUCAAAAGGUUUUCAUAUGUAUUCUUAUAAAAAUGUAUCAGAUUAUUUGUAUGUUCAAAGGGAAGUGUCUGAAUGUAAUGAAUAUGAAAAAGAAAAUAUCACAUACAACAAUGAUGAUAAUAAUAAUAAUAAUAAUAUUAAUGGUGAUAAUAUUAAUGGUGAUAAUAUUAAUGGUGAUAAUAUUAAUGGUGAUAAUAUUAAUGGUGAUAAUAUUAAUAGUGAUGAUAAUAUUAAUAUUAUCCAUUCUAAACUUAUAAAUAACAUAACACAUACAAAUCAAAAAAAAAGUUAUAAAAACCUUUUGAGUACAUUCAAUUUAAACUUUGAACAUUUAUGUGUAUUAUUUAUUUUAUAUUUGGAAGAUAAAAAGAGUAACCAAAAAAAUAACUCGUCAACAUAUCAAAGUGAGGUCAAGGAUGUAUAUGAAAAUAAAAUAUUAAAAGAAAUGAACAUAAAUAAUAAUUAUAAUGAAGAGAUGAUAAUCAUUAAAUUAAUAAAUUAUAUUUUAUAUCAUAUAGUUCUGAUUAAUGAUAAAAAUAUGAGAAAUAUUUUAAUUAAAGAUUUUUCUUUUAUAGUAAAAGAAUAUAUAUAUCCUGCACAUUUAUUUGAAAAAAUAUGUUUGAAUGUUAUUGAGUUAAUGUAUUUUGUUCUUACAUAUGAUUUGUUUGAAAAAAGUAUGAUUAAUAAUGAUAUUCAUCUUAUUCAAAAUGACAACAAUAAUAAUAAUAUUAUUAAUAAUAUUAAUAAUAAUAUUAAUAAUAAUAUUAAUAAUAAUAUUAAUAAUAAUGACAGUGUUGAAGAGACCAAUCAAAAUUAUCAUCAUAAGAAGAUAUGUAUGGGCAAACAAGACAAUGAAUCUAUUUUAUAUAUAUAUUAUAAAUAUAUGAUCACUAUGUACUCUAUAGAUAUUUUAAAUACAGAUGAAUAUUUAUUAAAUGAUAUAUACAAUUUUAUUAUUUUAUAUAUAGAUUAUAUAUAUAAUGAGAAUUUUAUUGAAAAAAGUUAUAUAAAUGAUAUAAGAUAUUAUUUUUUAUUUUUUAAUAAAGGAUAUAUGAAUGAAAACGUUUUAAAAAAAUUGUUAUAUAUUUUUAAUACACUUAUAAAUAUCUUAAACAAAACAAAAAAUUUAAAUAAUGAAGUGUCACGUUUUAUAAAGGUAUGGAAUUAUUUUGAAUGUAUUAUUAGAUGUAUUGAAAAUUUUUCUGUGCAUCUUCUAAAAAGUAAUUGGUUUAAAAUAGUCGAUCUUAUAAACAUUGUCAGUUCUAUAAAAGUGACAUAUCAUAAUAAAUAUGAAAGUGAUAAAAAUAUUUCUGAUCUGUGUGAUGAAUAUAAUGAGGAUAUAUCUAUCCAUAUGAAGAAUGUUACUAAAAAAAAUAAAAGAAAUGAUAUAAAUCAAAAUUGUUAUGAUGAUAUAAAUCAAAAUUGUGAUGAUGAUAUAAAUCAAAAUUGUGAUGAUAUUAUAAAUCAAAAUUGUGAUGAUAUUAUAAAUCAAAAUUAUAAUGAUGAUAUUAUAAAUCAAACUUAUGAUGAUGAUAUUAUAAAUCAAAAUUGUGAUAAUAAUAUAAAUAGAAUACAUAACUAUGAAAAGCUUUUAUUUUUUGAUCAUAUAGAUUAUUACAUAUUUCAAACAUGUGUUAUUCGUAGCUAUAAUAAUAUUAAUAAAUACAUGAUGAAUAAUAAAAAAAAAAAAAAAGGACAAUAUAAUAUACAAAAUGAAAUAAAUUUUGUUAUAUAUAUAGAUUAUAUAAUAUUAAAAUUAAAUGAAUAUUUAAUAUGGUUGUUGCUGAUGCAUAAGAAUGAUUCUGUUGUAAGAUAUUCCUUAUGUGGAUUAUUAGAUUAUGAGAAUAAAAAUAAUAUUGAAAUUUCAAAUUUUAUUAAUAAGAAUAAUGAUAAUAUUAAAUACACAGAAGAAAAAUUAUCAUCUGAUGAAAAAAAAAUUCAUAUUUUAACUUUUAUAAAUAGUAUAAGUGAUAAUUUUUUAUUUAAUAUAUUUUUUAUUCAUAUUGUUAGGCCUACAUUAUUUAUUAAAGGAGAUAUGUUAUAUUAUGAAUCUAGGAUAAAAAAUUUUAUAAUGACCAAGAUAUUAUAUAAACAAAAAUAUUCUUAUCAUUAUUUAUUGAAAUUUAUUAUAUGUCUAAAUCAUAUUAAUUACUUUUAUAUUAACCUCAGAAUAAUUCUAGAGACACUACUUCAAUCAAUAAAUAUAUAUAAUAAUGAAAACAUAAAUGAUAAUAAAAAUAAUAAUAAUAAUAAUAAUAAAAAGGAGAGUAAUAUAUCACACCAUCAUACAUUGAGUGGUAUAUUUACUUUUUAUAAUAUGAUUAUUAUUAAUAAGGAAAAUACACAAAAUUAUAAAUAUUAUAAAUAUUAUAAAAAUUAUGAAAAUUAUAUAAAUUAUUUAAAUGAAGAGAAUAUAAUAAAAAAACAAAAUGUAUAUCCUAACAAAUUUUAUUAUCCAUAUAAUAUAUAUAAUAAUCAAAAUAUUCAUAACAUUAUUAUAAAUAUUAUAAAAAAUAUUAAAAAUAUUUCAUUUAGUAGAAGAAAUGAUAUACUUUUUAUUAUCCUAGAAAUUAUGAUAAAAAUGAAUGAUGUAUUAAAUAUUUUUACAAAUUUUAAAAAUUAUUCUAUCUUCUUAAAUUUAUUUGAAGAUUCUUUUUUUCAAGAGCAUUUAAAAAGUUUCCAAGUUAUUUUCAGAAUUAAUCAACAUCAUUUUUUAAAAGAUAUUUAUAUACAAAAAGAAAAAAAAAAUCAUAAUGUCAUAAAAAAUAAUAAAAAUAAAUUAUAUAAUGAAUAUCAAGUACAAAGUGACUAUGUGCCAUUACAUCAAGAUAUUAGUGAUGAACCUACAAAAAUUUUGUUUAUUAAAAAUAGUAAAAAUGUAUUAUUAAAUCAUUUUAUAGACUUAUUGAAUGAACAUAUAUAUUUUAAUAAAUAUUUAUAUUAUUAUGGAUAUAUGCGAUUAUUUCAUUUAAUGUUGAUACAAGGAGGAGAGGAUGAUAAUAAAUCGGAUCUAAGAGAAGAAAUAUAUAUUGUAGAUUAUUAUAAUGAGAAUUAUGAUAUAAAAAGUAACAAUGUAGAAGAGAAUUAUAUUAAUAAUGAUGAUAAUCAUUGUAAUUCUUUAAUAUCCAUUCUUAUUUAUUAUAUUAUAAAAAAUAAUUUAUUUUAUUAUUUCAAUAAAUCAUGCCUCCUUAAUCUUAUACAUAAUAAUAUAAAAAAAUUCAAAGAUUUUAUUUUUAAAAACAAUUCGAUCCUUACACAUAAUAUAGAUACACACAAUAUAGAUACACACAAUAUAGAUACACACAAUAUAGAUACACACAAUAUAGAUACACACAAUAUAGAUACACACAAUAUAGAUACACACAAUAUAGAUACACACAAUAUAGAUACACACAAUAUAGAUACACACAAUAUAGAUACACACAAUAUAGAUACACACAAUAAUAAUAAUAAUUAUUAUUAUUAUAAUGUGACAAAGUGCUACAAAUUUUAUAAAUAUAUAGAAUCCCUUUUCUUAUAUUUGGAUACACUGGAAUAUAUAAAUAUAAAUGAACAUUAUAUUUCCUCUCAAAAUAUGAUUCAUUAUUAUAAUAGUGACUACCCAUAUAAACAAGUUACAACAGACAACAAAGAUAAUAUUCAUGUAAAUAAUAAAAUGAAUCAUAUUAUAUACAAUGAAGAUUAUAAAAAUCAUGUUGAUAAUAAUAAACUAUUAAAUUUUGGAUCAACAAAUGUAGAAAGUCUAAAGGAAUAUUCUUCUCUUCUUGAUGAUGUUAAAGAAUUAUAUGAUGCAUGUUGUGAUUAUUUGAUGUAUAUAGGAAAUAAAGACAGCAGAAAAUGUGAUAAUACAAAUAAUUAUGAUAAUAUAAAAUUAAUAUUAAUCUUGUCAUUUUUAUCCAAUAUAUAUAAUAUAUAUAAUCCAGGGAAGUGGAAUAAAGAAUUAAAUUUUAGAAUACAAGAUUUAUCAUUAAAAAGAUUAAAUAAUAUAAAAUUUAGACAUUCUAAUAAAUAUUCACUAAAUAAUUAUGAUGACAAAUUUAAUUAUUAUAAAUACAAAUAUUUUUAUAAUUGUUUCUUUUGUUGUGGUUCUUCUAUGUCAUUGAAUGAACAAGAAAUAUUUAUUUAUUUUGAAAAAAUAAUAAAUGAUAUUGAAAUAUCUAAAGAUGAAUUAGUAUAUAUAUAUUUAAUUAUUAAAAAUUAUAUGAUACCAUAUAUUUAUAGAACACCUAAUGAUGAUAUUAUGAGUAGUUCUAUAGAUAAAAUGAAAGAAAUAAAGAAAAAAAAAAAAAUGCUAAUUUUUAAAUUGUUAUUUAAACAAACUGAUAUAUUAAUUGAUAGAUUCUCUGUUUGUAAAUAUCCUGUUCAUUUAAUGGAAUUAGUAUUUUUGACUUUAUUUCAUCCAUUACUUAUAAGAUUUGAGAUAAAUAAUUUUAUACACAUUGAAGAUAAGGAUUCACAUGUUUGCGACACGAUAAAAAAAAACAAAGACCAAGUGGGUAAUACAACAAAUGUAGCAUGUACUAAGGAGGAAUUUAAAAAGAACGAAGAAAUUAUAUCAAAUUAUAAAUAUUGUUAUGAUGAGAGGAAUCAGAGUGAUAAUAACAAUACAUAUAAAGAAAAUAAUACACACUGUAAUAAUAAUAUUAAUGAUAAUGAUAAUGUUAGUGAAAAUAUUAGUGAUGAUAGAUAUUUUCUUUUAAAUUAUGUACGUAAAAUUUUAGAGAGCGGCAAAACCAAACUUUCGAUCACAAGAAAUAUUGUAAUACCCAUGUUAACAUCUUAUUUUUAUAACUUAAUUAAUUAUGAUGAUAUAAUAUAUAUUAAAGAAGAAUAUUUAAAUAAUUUUAUAGAAGUAAUUGUUGAGAUAUUAAUGUAUAAAGAAUAUGUUUUAUUAGAUGGAAAAAAAAAUUUUACAAAUGAAUCUUUUAAAAUAAAAAAAUAUAAUAAUUUACUUUUAAAUAAUUUUAUAAAUGAAAAUAUAUGUAAUUAUCUUAUAAACAAAUUAGAUAGGAACGAAGAUAUAUUAUUUCCUUCUGAACUUUAUCAAGUUCAUCAAACACCUAUAUUUUUAAGAAUAUUAACAUUAAUAUUUUUAAUUAAUUUAUUUAAUAUUUUAGAUUCUACAUAUCUUUCAUCUAUAAAGUUAUGUCAAACAAGAGAAGAAAAAUAUGAAAAAAUUUCUUUUAAUAAAAAAAAAAAAAAAAUCUUAUAUAUAUAUGAAAUAUUAAUUAUUUAUAUAUUAAAAAAAAUAGAUAACAAAAAUAUUUAUCAUAUGAAUAAUAAAGGAUAUAAUGAAAUAAAAAGUUCUUGUAAUAAUAAUAAUAAUAAUAAUGAGAAUAAUUCAUUUGUUAUAAAACAAAAUAAUGAAAAAGAAAAAAUACCUCCCUUACCAUCUUCACAUGGACAUAAUAUUCAACUCAGAGGUUUACAAGCUUUAUGUAUGUUAAGUAAAUAUUUUAAACAUUUAAAAAAAAUAAAAAGGAAACAAAUUAUUUCUUAUAUUAAUAUUAUACUUAUUUAUGAUCAUUUAAAUAAUACUCGUCAAUAUUUAGAAUAUUUCUGUCUAGCAAUUAGUCAUUCUUCUUUUGUUUUAAUGUAUCCAUAUCUGAUAAAAUAUUUAUCACAUAAUAAUGUAAAUAAUCAGCUAACCAUAACAUCACUAAUUAUAUGCGCAUAUCUAUUUUUAAAAACGAAAUUUUCGAAUUAUUCUUUUGAACAGUUAUAUAUUAAUUCAUAUGCUCAAAUUUGUUCUAUAAAACAAAACAAAACUAAAUUGUUAACAAAUAAUGCACCUGUCAUAAAUAAAAAAGAAAGUAAAUUAAAGAGAAGGGCACAAGCUAAGAAAGUAAAACAUAUUAUUAAUGAACUUGUGAAAAAAAAUAAAAAUGAUGUCAGUGCAAUUGUUCAAGCUGUAAAAAAUUUUAAAAAUAUAAACACACAUAAAAGUGAUAACAAAACGUAUAAUGAUGAUUAUGUUACAAAUAAAAAUAUUCUACAUAAUUAUGAUAAUAAAAAAUAUGAUAACCAAUUGGAAAAAAAAAAAAAAAAAACACCAAUUUAUGAUAAUAAAAAAUAUAAAAAUCAUAAUUACAAAAUAAAUAAAUUACAAAUGGAGGAGAAAAAUGGUUCUCUUCAAAAUAGUGAUUUACAAACAAAACAAAAUAUACAAAUUGAUUUUUUUUAUUCUGAACAUAUAUUUAAUUGUUUAUUAAAAUUAUUAUAUGGUAUUGUUUCUUUAUGUUCAUCUCAUUCAGCUGUUAUAAGAAGUAUGUCACAAUUUAUUGUAUAUAAAUUUAUAAAAUUAAAAGGUUCUAUUCAUUUAAAUCCUUUUUUUUCAUCUCUUUUUUCAUAUAUAAAAUAUAAUAAAGAUUGUAAAAGAAUAAGGAAAAAAAUUAAAAGUCAAUUUAAUUAUUGGAAUGUAAAUCGUUUUGAUAAUAUACGUUUUUUAUUACCUACAGAAAAUUAUUCAUAUAAUCAUUUUGAUGAAGACAUAAAUUAUAACAAUGUUAAUACAUUUGCUCAUAUUCUAUAUAAUAACGAACUUGUUAUGUCAUACACUUUUAUAGACAAAUUUAAACAAGUGGUUCAACAAGAAAUGUCUUUUAUGAUCUUUAAUAUUGAUAUAGAAAAGGAGAAACAAGCAGCUAAAAAUAAUAAAUUGAAAAGUGAACAGAAUGUGUCACUAAAUAUCAUUAAUCGUAUAUAUGAACACAACAUGAGGACACAAAUAGAAAGUGAACAGGUCAAAGGUGGAUCCUCUAAAAAUGUGUACUCUGAUAUUACAGAUGAAACUCAUAUGGGUCCUAAUAAUAGUGUUGAUAUAAAGGGUGAUGGUGUUGACAUAAAAGGUGGUGGUGUGGACAUAAAAAAUAACAGUGCUGACUUAAAAAGUGACGGCGCUGACAUAAAAAAUAACAGUGCUGACAUAAAAAGUGACGGCGCUGACCUAAAAAAUAACAGUGCUGACUUAAAAAGUGACGGCGCUGACCUAAAAAAUAACAGUGCUGACCUAAAAAAUAACAGUGUUGAUAAACACACAACAAUUAGCUCUAACGAAGACAAUGCAAACAUUGUAACAACCAUAUCAAGUGAAAUAAAUUAUGAUGCAUUUAGCUUAGAAAAUAUUAUAGAACAAAAUAAAAAUAAUUAUCAGAAAAAAUUUGAUCCAAUUUCAAAUAUUAUAGAAAUAAAUAAUGAGUUCAGAAAAAAUUAUUUAAAUAAAAAAAAAAGAAACGAUUUAAUUGUUAUAGCAUCGUUAAUUGAGAAAAUACCUAAUCUUGCUGGCUUAUGUAGAACAUGUGAAAUAUUUAAUGUCAAAAAAUUACUUAUAGAUAAUAUUAAUAUAAUUAAAGAUUAUCAAUUUCAAAAAAUAUCAUCCACUGCUAAUAAAUGGAUGAAUAUUAAAGAAUUGAAAAAAAGUGAUAUCAUCAAUUAUAUAAUAAAAAAAAAAAAAAAAUAUUCUAUCAUAGGAUUAGAACAAACUCAUAACAGUCAGAAAUUAAAUCAUUUCGUUUUUCCUAAAAAAUGUAUACUUAUCUUAGGAGAUGAAAAAGAAGGUUUACCUUCAUCUAUUCUUAUGUUUUUACAUCAUUGUAUUGAGAUACCUGGCCAAGGAAUUAUAAGAUCGUUGAAUGUUCACGUUUCUGCAGCUAUAACUAUAUACGAGUAUUUCAAGCAGCAAAUAUGA